AUGCUGGAUGCCAGCCAAAAUCUGCCCUGUCAACUCAACUACAUCAAGCCUAAUCCCCAAAUCUACAGAAGGCUCAUCAGGAAGUGCACCUCCAAGAAGCUGGAGGGUGAGUUCUCCACCUGCUUUACAGAGCUCUAGAGAAACUCUGAGGACCGUUCACCCAAGCUGAAGAGUCUCAUCCGACUGGUCAAGCACUGGUACCAACUGUGUAAGGAGAAACUGGGGAAGCCGCUGCCCCCACAGUAUGCCCUGGAGCUGCUCACAGUCUAUGCCUGGGAACAUGGGAGUGGAUUCCCUGACUUCAACACAGCCCGGGGCUUCAGGGCAGUCUUGGAACUGGUCACCAAGUACUGGCAGCUUCGAAUCUACUGGACAAUGUGUUAUGACUUUCAAGACCAAGAGGUCUCCAACUACCUGCACAGACAGCUCAGUGGAGCCAGGCCUGUGAUCCUGGACCCAGCUGACCCAACAAGGAACGUGGCUGUUUCGAACUCAGUGGGCUGGCAGGAAAGGCGACUGCCUGGCUGGAAUACCCAUGCUUUAAAAACUUGGAUCUUUCCCCAGUGCGCUCCUGGGAUGUGCUGCCUGCUGUUAGCCAACAUGGUCUUCUUCAUUGAGAAGGUCCUCAAAGGUCCAUACAAGGGGUAA